CUCCCCUCUCUCUCCUACAAUUUAAAACUGAACACCGGCGGCGAGAACUGAACAGAAUCCAGGGGUCAGGGGUCCAGGGUUUGAUAACUCUAACGGGUGGGCAGGUCGGCAGGUCUGGCUCUCAGGCGUGUAGCCGCUCUGAUAAGACUACAGUCACGAUCGUUUAAAAUGAGUGGAAAAGAGGUUGACAUCGAUGGCAGUGUUCUUGAAGGGGGUGGCCAGAUCCUUAGACUGGCUGUAUCGCUGAGUGCCAUUCAACAAAUUCCUAUUCGAGUCAACAAUAUCCGUGCAGGAAGAGAUAAGCCAGGCUUACGCCCUCAGCAUUUAAAAGGAUUGGAAGUGGCAAGAGAUAUUUGUGGUGGAAAAUUAUGGGGCUGUAGUUUACAGUCAACAGAGAUCGUAUUUCAUCCUGGGCAUCUUCUUGGCGGAGAAUUUUCUGCAGAUACCCAAACUGCUGGGAGUGUUAGUUUAUUGAUUCAAGUAAUUUUGCCCUGCGCCUUGUUUUCGCCAUCACCUGUCCAGCUUAUUCUUCGAGGAGGCACUAAUGCUGAUAUGGCUCCUCAGAUAGACUACACUGUGACGGUUUUUAAAGGCGUCUUAGAAAAAUUUGGAGCCACAUUUGAUGGAAGUAUUGAUAAAAGAGGGUAUUUUCCACGUGGUGGUGGGCUGGUCAGGAUGAACAUCAACCCAGUAUCACACCUGCAACCUGUGAAUUUGGUUGAUGCAGGUCAUGUAACUCGUGUUUGGGGACGAGCAUUUGUUGCAGGGAGCUUCAACAUUCAGGAUGCCAACAAAAUGGCCCAACUUUGUCAGAAUCAGAUCCAAUCAACAUUUGAAGGAAUUCCAGUUGUAAUUAGUGGCUACAAAGAACAUCCUCAACAAGCAGUGGGGAAUGGUUCAGGAAUCAAUUUAUUUGCUGAAACAAGCACAGGAUGUAUAUAUGGUGGUUCAGCUCUCGGAAAAAGACAUCUGAACACUCAAGAAGUUUCUGCUCAAGCAGUUUCAGAUCUUCUAGGUGCUAUUAAAUGUGGUGGUUGUGUUGACAGUUACAUUCAAGAUCAAAUGAUAAUUUUAAUGGCCUUAGCUGAUGGAAUGUCAAGGAUUAAAUGUGGCCCACUUACUUUACACACCAAAACAGCAAUUUACAUUGCUGAAAAACUUUCCAAGGCACGUUUCCAUGUCGAGGAAUGCCCAGAUGGGACUAAUUUAAUUAGUUGUGAAGGAAUAGGUAUGAAAGCAGUAUCAUGUAGCCCUAUGGACUUCUGAGAGUCUUAUUCCCCUGUCUCUCUCUCACUUUUUAUUUUCCUUUUGGUGGUUUUUGAUGCUAUAUUUUUUUAAGUUCACUUUCAAGAUCUGUGAUCAUUUAAGCUAGUCCCAAUUUUAUUCAUAUGUACAUGAAUUUAUGUUAUUCAUAUGUAUGUGAGCAUGGAUGCGACUUGUGACCAAUAAACAACUACAACAAAA